CAUCCCUCGGUGCCUCCCGGAGGAGCCGCCCCGUUCCGUCGCCUCCCGAACCGGGCAAGGUGUCUCGCUCCGGCGCCCGAGUACAAUGAAUUCUGACUCCAGCUCCGUCUCCAGCAGAGCCUCCUCGCCGGACAUGGACGAGAUGUACCUGCGGGAGCACCGCCACCACCACCACCACCACCACCCGGAGAGCCGCCUCAACCCCGUCUCCUCCACGCAGGGCGACCUGGUGCAGAAGAUGGCCGGGGAGGGCCUGGCCCGGGGCGGCCCCAAGGCGCAGGGGGAGGGCGGCAAGUACAAGAUCAAGAAGCAGCUCUCGGAGCAGGACCUGCAGCAGCUGCGCCUCAAGAUCAACGGGCGGGAGCGCAAGCGGAUGCACGACCUCAACCUGGCCAUGGACGGGCUGCGGGAGGUGAUGCCCUACGCGCACGGCCCCUCCGUCCGGAAACUCUCCAAAAUCGCCACCCUGCUGCUGGCCAGAAACUACAUCCUGAUGCUCACCAGCUCCCUGGAGGAGAUGAAGCGCCUGGUGGGCGAGAUCUACGGCGGCCACCACUCGGCCUUCCACUGCGGCACCGUGGGCCACUCCGCCGCCGCGCACCCGCCACACGCCGCCGGCGCCGUGCACCAGGUGCACCCCAUUCUCGGCGGGGCCCUCUCCUCCGCCAACGCGUCCCCGUCGCUGCCCGCCUCGCUGCCGGCCCUGGGCACCAUCCGGCCGCCCCACUCCCUGCUGAAGACCCCCUCCACGCCCCCCGCGCUGCAGCUCGGCGGCGGCUUCCAGCACUGGGCCGGCUUGCCGUGCCCCUGCACCAUCUGCCAGGUGCCCCCCCCGCCGCACCUCUCUGCCCUCUCCGCCUCCGGCAUGGGCCGGAUCUCGGCGGACACCAAGGACCUGCUCAAGUGA